AUGAAUCCGAUGAAUCACUGGAAUCCGGGUUGGCAAUUCGCAAUGAAUGCUCAGCAAAGAGCACACGCCGGAGGGAACCGAGCUCUUCAGCCGGCGGCUCCGGCUCCGGCUCCUCCUGCUCCGCUGGUCCCACAGUUGCCGGCUAGACAGCCAAUCGGACAAGGAAGACGAGUGGCUGUGGCCCAGCAGCAACAGAAUGCGGUCCCGAAUCCGAAUCCGAAUCCGAACAGACGGAAUAACAGAAAUCAGAACAAUCCGGUUCGCAGAGAGCAUCAGCAAGUUCGUCAGGAACGUCAUCUGGUAGGACAGUCUGAAAAUCAAUGAGCCAAUAUAAUAGGUUUCAGAGUAGAGAUGACGUGGAGAGACUUCAGACGAUUUCCAGAAAGAACCAGCAGACGCGCACCGCUUUAGAGUACGAUAGCCGAGAAGAUCAGUGCUGGACGGACCUGAUGAGUGAGUGCCCAUCCCAAGUGAGAAGGAUUAUGGUAGUUUGCAGACACCCUCAACACCCAAAGCCAUCAGUUCACUCCGAGCACUCCCAACGGCGGCCCUGACGCCUUGAUUCCGAACGAUCAGGAGAUUUGCUCCAAAGAGAGAGAGAGAGAACUGAGAACCAGUACGAGACGAUUCUGAAAACCCGCGAGCUGCUUGUGAACUUUGGAGCCACCGAGUACGACUUGUCGAGAGCUUUAAACAGUCUGGAGAUGCACAUGAGAACGAACGCGUGCGAGUUCAAUGAGAUUGAGGACGUCUCCAGUGAUCUGAUGCGGACCGCCGGCAAACUGAGCCACGAGAUCGAGGAGCUCGAGCAGAUUCUGCGUCGAAUUGACAAUAUCAAACUGCAAUGA